CGCACGGGCUUCGAACAGUUUUGAGUGAAUCGUUGUGCGAAGCGGUCAUCCAGGAACGCGGAACUUCCGCCUUCACAGUUGCCCGUGCCGGUGAAAACGGUUCUGCUGGUAACCCCUACCGUGUGUAAGGGCAGUUCCGUGCGUUGCGUGUCGCGUGGUCCUUUCCCUCCCAGGGAGGAUGGCUGGUGCCUGGACGCGGCUCCGCUGGUGCAGUGAGUGACAGUGCGUCCUGUGGUCUGCCUUUUUCGUUGUUCUGUUGUUUUGGUUAGUGCGUAUGUGUGUAUUAUACCAGUGGUGGUGAUGGUGGCAGUGAGAGGAGGUUCAGUGACUCGACCAACCGCAAACAAAAACAUCAACCAGACCCAGCAAAACACGCAACAACCAGGUGACGCACCGCGCACGGGGUGUUGAAAGGCAUCAAUCAACGGUACAGCGUCUUCAAGCGCUAGCGCAACAGCAACACUUCGCACUCCCCACUUGUUAGUAACAGCGCCACAAGUAACAGCAGACAAGCACACACAUCCACAUACACACACACAAGGUACACUCAAACUCAAAUAAAAAGAAAGAAAAAAGGGUAACACUCCUAAACCGAGCGUUACUGUGGAAGUUAAGUGCGUGUGAAGAAAUAAAAACACGACACGGGAAAAGCAAGUGAGCGAGCGAGAAAGAGAAAGAGAGAGAGAGACGGAGAGAGAAAGAAGCAACAGGGAAUUACACACAAAUAAAAAAAAAAACAACAGACGAUAAAAAAAUGUACUAAAACAACUACACAAAACCACGCACGCAGCCAAACAGGUAGGCAGGAACAAAUAAAAACAGGGUUGGAAAAGCACACAAAAGGAGUGAGUAACUCCGGGGAGUACAUACACACGUACACACACACACACACACAUUCAAGCAGCUACUACAACCGAAAAUAUAUAUAUACACUAACGGAUCGUUAACAACCGACCGACAACAGCGCCCUAUUCAGGAGAUAGGACAGAGGACGGUGGACCACCCCCCCCCCCCCAAGCAAAAAGGGAUGUCAUCGCAUCGCACCGAUUGCUUAAUUCCAGGUCCGGCGUAAAUCAACCUCACCCGCUUCACCCAACCCAGUGCCCAAUUACCACCUCGCGCGACAUGGCCGCCCGUGCACAACCAAAGCUUUAACUCUUCGCCAACAUAUCACCAACGCCUGGGGAGAGGCAGGUGCCCUUCCGUAUAGACAACUGCCUGUGUGUGCCUGUGCGCGGAACGUUAUUCCCCCCCCCCCCCCCUCGUUUGUGCACUUACCCUCACCAACAGCACCAACAGCAAUGGACAAUUAGUGGCCAUAGUUUGUGGCGGAAAGUUUGCGCUACCAGUGCCGCGACAGGACGACUUACCAGCUGGCUGGGGGUUUGCUAGAAUCUUCGGACGACUGUAAUCGAGCGAGAGAGAGAGAGAGAGAGAGAUAGAGAGAGAGAGUGAAAGUGAAGUGAAUAGCGAAGGACACCCUUUGGCCCCCAAGAUGUCUCUGACGGUGCGAAUUAACAAGUUUCAGCUGCCAAAGCCCAAGGCGAACCUGCUCGGGCGGGUCGAGUUUCGGGGUGUUGCGCAUACGACCACCGAGCUGAACUGCGGGUCGGAGCUUGUCGAAGUCAAUCAGAGCUUCAUUUGGCCGCUAGCCCGGGCCGCGGACGAGACGGAAACGAUAACGGUCGAGCUGCGGCAGCAGACGACCAAGAUCCUGCUCAAGACGGCGAUCGGCGUGUCGGGGUCCGGGACGCCCUCGAGCCGCGGCAGCAUCACCAGCAGCACGAAAAUUAUCGGCCGAUUCGUCAUGCUAGCGCAAGCACUCAUCCACGAGGGCCGGCUGCGGAUAGAGGACCGGCUGGUGGACCUGUCCAACAAGCCAAUCGAUGCAUACGUCAGCUUCGACGUGUACUACCAGAGUCCGGAGGACGAGUCGGGCAACUUUUACGCGCCCCGCGUCGUCCACUCGCUCCACCAGCAGUCGAGCAUCGACGACGACCAGCAGAUGCUGCUCAACAUCGAGCAAAACAUUGCCAACCUCGAGAAGAGCAUCACGCAGGGCAAGGGGGUGGACGGGGCGGGCCCGUCCGGCGGUGGUCAGGCCGGCCAGCGCCGGCCCGGCCGCACCAGCAACGGGGGCGACCGGAAACCGAACAUCAUCAAGCGCGUCAUGUCUUCCGGGUCGGCGGGGCUCGGCGAACGGGCACCGCCGGCCCGGUCGCCCGGCCCCGCCGACCACGCCUCGUCCGACAAUGAGGCGUCCGUGCGGCCGGCGCGCUCGCUCGCCGACAAGAAGGUGACGCUGCGGACGGUGCGCAACUUCAUGCGGCUCGGGCGGUCGCGCCAGUCGUCGCGCGAAAGCACCGCCAGCAGCACGGAGGACGAGGGCAAAUCGCUCAUCGGCGACACGGACUACACGCGGGUACAGCCCGAACCGGCGGCGGAGGGCGGUGGCGAGGGACCGGCCGGCCGGUCGGUCGGGUUCGAGGGGGGCGAGGGGCAGCCGGCGGCACCAGCGGACAGCCCAACGCAUGGGCGGGCGGGCGGCGAAAACGUAUCGCAAACGUGCAGCACCCACUCGAACGCGUCCAGCGACGGCGAGGAUGUAACCGCUAAUGAGAAGCUGAAGAAAAUCAAGAGCCUGGCGAAAGGGAACGACCACCUCAAGUCGCAGGACUUUCAGGUCUGCGUUACCGUCAUCGAGGCCCGCCAGCUGCCCGGCCUGAACAUGGACCCGGUCGUCUGCAUCCAGGUCGGGGACCAGAAGAAGUACACCAGCGUGAAGGAGAGCACCAACUGUCCGUACUACAACGAGUACUUUGUGUUCGACUUUCACAUGCCGCCAGUGAUGCUGUUCGACAAGAUCAUCACACUUUCCGUCAUCCAUUCACGCAAGUUCAUGCGCUCCGGAACGGUGGUGGGCUCGUUCAAAAUCGAUCUCAAAACAGUCUACGAUGCGCCCGAUCAUCAGUUCUACCACAAGUGGGCCCUGCUGUCCGAUCCGGAGGACUUUGCGGCGGGCCCGAAGGGUUACCUCAAGUGUGACGUCGGCAUCAUCGGCAAGGGCGACACGGUGAAGGUGCCGCCCAAAUCGGAGAAGGACCCGGACGACAUCGAAGCGAACCUACUGCUCCCGGACGGUGUGCCGAUCGAGCGGCAGCGGGCAAAGUUCAUCGUGAAGGUGUACCGGGCGGACGGGCUGCCGCGCAUGAACUCGUCCAUCAUGGCGAACGUGAAGCGGGCGUUCACCGGCGAGACGAAGGAUCUGGUCAACCCGUACGUGCAGGUGUCGUUCGCCGGGCUGACGGGCAAAACGAACGUGAAGAAGGCAUCGUACAAUCCGGUGUGGAACGAGCAGCUCGUCUUUACCGAGAUGUUUCCGCCACUGUGCCAGCGCAUCAAGAUACAGCUGCGCGAUGCCGACCCGAUGAAGCCGUCGAUCAUCGGCACGCACUACAUCGACCUGAAGCAGAUCUCGAACGACGGCGAGAAGGGUUUCCUGCCGACGUACGGGCCCUCGUUCGUGCAUCUGUACGGGUCGACGCGGGACUACAACCUGCUCGACCAGCACUCGAACCUGAACACGGGCCUGGGCGAGGGCGUUAGCUACCGGGCCCGGCUGCUCAUCGCGAUCCGGACGGAGAUUACCGACAACGUGGAGCUGUUCGCCGACAAGAAUGUGGAGGUGGAACCGACGCUGCCGAUCUGCGAGUCGUCCUACUGCAAGACGGACGGGUUCUUCCUGUUCGCGUCCGUGCUCGAGGCGUCGAUGCUGGACAAGAAGGUGUGCGACCGGUCCGUGUACUUCGAGCUGAGCAUGGGUAACGCGGGCAACUCGCUCGACGGGCACAACGAGAGCGCCACCACCAACAUGGACGACGACGACGAUCCGGUGUCGAUCGAUACGACCGCGUACAACAGCACGACGAGCGCGUGCAAACCGAUCUCGCACGACAAGAACCACUACUACCUGCCGUACUGGGACUACAAGCCGUGCAUGGACGUGCGGGCCUGGUUUCCGGACCUGCGGCGCCGCAUGUACAACAGCAACAUGAUCGCGAAGAUCAGCGAGCGGCUGGAGGUGGGCCUGGCCGAGACGAACCUGCUGCUGGAGGACGAGGACCCGACCGCCGAGGUGAAGCUGCGCGGCGUGCUGGAGGAGGUCGCCUCGAGCUGCAACAAGUACGUGACGAUUACGCGCGGCGCCCUGGUCGGGCCGGGCACGGGCAAGACCAAGCUCGACAAGGAGCGGCUGAAGCUGUGCCAGCGCGAGCUCGAAUCGAUCGGCAACAUGGCGCGCAAUCUGCGCGCGCUCGUCACCAAGAGCUCGAUGCGCGAACGGUACCGGACGGCGCAGAGCUACCUCGUGCGGUUGCGCUUCCUGGUGGAGGAUCCGCAGCACGCCCUGCCGGACGUGUUUGUGUGGAUGAUCGCGAACGGGAAGCGGGUGGCGUACCAUCGGCUGGACGCGCGCGACCUGCUGUACAGCACGAUCGAGGAGGAGACGGGCGUGCACUGCGGCAAGGUGCAGACCGUGUUUCUCAAGCUGCCCGGCCGGCAGGCGGAGGGGCCGGCCGGGUGGCACGUGCGGGCCAAGCUGUCCCUCUACCUGUGGCUCGGCACGCUCAAGCACAAGCGCUUCUUCUACACCGGCCUGCCGAAGGGCUACGAGCUGCUGCACGAGCUGAAGAACGCGGAAAAGGUGAACGUGCCGGCGCCGACCACCGUGCACUACGUCGAGCGGCACGUGUUUCAGCUGCGCGCCCACAUCUACCAGGCCCGGUCGCUGAUCGGGUCGGACGCGUCCGGGCUGAGCGACCCGUACGCGACCGUGUACGUGACCGAGCACGCGAAAACGACGCAGGUGAUCGAGGAGACGCUCAGUCCGACCUGGGACGAGCUGCUCGUGUUCGACGAGGUGACGGUGUACGGCUCGAAGGACGAGAUACGGCGCGAUCCGCCCACCAUCGUGAUCGACGUGUACGACCAGGACAAGGUGGGCAAGUCGGACUUUAUCGGGCGCGCGAUCGCCCGGCCGCGGGUGAAGCUGCGCGAGCACCACUACAGCACGCCCGUGCUCGAGUGGUUCGAGAUAACGCGCGGGCUGGACGGGGCCGGCGAGCUGCUCGCCGCGUUCGAGAUGCUCGAGCACGGCUCGGACGACGUGCCGCGCCUGUCCGACCCGAAGUACGUCGCGUGCAGCAGCGGCAGCGGCGGCGAGCACGUACCGCAACCGACGCUUGCCAUCCUGCCGGUGCCGCAGGAGGUGCGGCCGAAUCUCGCCCGGUUCCGCAUCGAGGUGCUGUUCUGGGGGCUGCGCGACCUGAAGCGCGUCCACUUCAUGACGGUGGACAAGCCGCGCAUCGACAUCGAGUGUUCCGGCCGCAUCCUCAACUCGAGCAUCGUGCAGAACGCGAAAAAGAAUCCCAACUUUGCCAGCAUGCUCAAGUUCUUCGACCUGGACCUGCCGGUCGAGGAGCGGUACGCGCCCCCGAUCACGAUCCGCGCGGUCGACUGCCGGUCGUUCGGGCGGUACACGCUCGUCGGCACGCACCAGAUCACCUCGAUCCACCGGUACAUGCACCGGGCGCUGCCGAAGGAGGACCCGAAGCGGUACAACCAGGACGGGCAGCUGGUGCUGGCCCGGCGGCGCACGGACGCCGGUGGCAACGUGCUGCCCGAGGGGGGCAUGCCGGGCGACUCGUGGUCGGGCGAGAACCUCACCCUGUACGGGGCGGCUUGCGUUGCCAAGGGGGUGGGCGGUGGGGCCGGCAGGGCGGGCAAGCGCACGAAGCGCAAGGGCGCGGACGGUGCGCCGGGGGCCGGGUUCGAGGGGCAGGAGGGGGCGGGCCAGGACGGGGACGACGAUGACGAUGGGUCGAGCAAGGACUGGUGGACGAAGUACUUCCUGUCGUACGAGCGGCUGAUCGAGUCGGCCAAGGGUGGCGCAGCCGGGGGAGCGGGUGCCGGCGCGGGCGGGGCGGGAGCGAUGGGGGGCGCGGAGCCGGGCGGCUCGGGCGACGGCGGCAAGAAGCUCGGCGUCAAGACGUCCCGGCUCGUGUCGAAGCUGAGCCCGAAGGCGGCAGCGCCGAAGAAGCCGCCGAAUCCGCGCGUCGCCACCUGCCAGAUCUACCCGAGCGAGCUGGAGUCGGUGUACGAGUACGGGCAGUUCCGCGAGUGGCUCCACUCGUUCCCGCUCUACCGCGGCAAGAAGACGGGCGACAGCACGGAGGACGAGACGCGCAUCGUCGGCUUCUUCAAGGGCGCGAUCAAGGUGUACCGGCUGCCGAUCGAGAAGGGCAUGGAGCCGGCGUUCGCGCCGACCCUGCCGCUGAACGAUCCGAUCCACGUGCUGGUGCGCGUGUACGUGGUGAAGGCGACCGAUCUGCACCCGAUGGACCUGAACGGGAAGGCCGACCCGUACGUGGUGCUGCAGCUCGGCAGCAAGCGCGUGUCGGACAAGGACAACUACGUCAGCAAGCAGCUUAAUCCGGUGUUCGGCAAGUGCUUCGAGAUCGAGGCGACGUUCCCGCAGGACUCGAUGCUGACGGUGCAGAUCUUCGACUGGGAUCUGGUCGGGUCGGACGAUCUGAUCGGGGAGACGAAGAUCGACCUGGAGAAUCGGUUCUACAGCCGGCACCGGGCCAUGUGCGGCAUCUCCAUGCGCUACGAAGACUCCGGCUACAACAUCUGGCGCGAUCCGAUGAAGCCGACCCAGAUCCUGUCGAAGCUGUGCAAGGACAACAAGCUGGAGGCACCGCAGUACCUGCAGGACCGCGUCACGAUCGGGCGCUGCUGCUUUCUGUUCACGAGCGAGGAGAUCCAGACCUGGUCCAGCCCGACCUCGAUCAAGUACCGGGACGAGCAUCUGGCGCUGGCGGUGCUGCACCGCUGGGAGGAGAUGCCGCGCGUCGGCUGUAAGAUCGUGCCGGAGCACAUCGAGGCGCGGUCGCUGUACAACAGCGACAAGCCGGGCAUCGAGCAGGGCAAGCUGGAGAUGUGGGUCGACAUGUUCCCGAUGGACAUGCCGCUGCCGGGGCCACCGGUCGACAUCUCACCCCGCAAGCCGAAGUCGUACGAGCUGCGCGUGGUGAUCUGGAACACGGACGACGUCGUGCUGGAGGACGAUGCCUUCUUCACCGGCGAAAAGAUGUCCGACAUCUACGUGAAAGGGUGGCUGAAGGGACCGCAGGACAUGCAGGCGACCGACAUCCACUACCGGUCGCUCACCGGCGAGGGCAACUUUAACUGGCGCUUCAUCUACCCGUUCGAGUAUCUGGCGGCCGAGGAGCGGAUCGUGCUGUCGCGCAAGGAGUCCCUGUUCAGCUGGGACGAGACGGAGGUGAAGAUACCGGCCCGGCUGGAGCUGCAGGUGUGGGACGCGGACCACUUCUCCGCGGACGACUUCCUCGGUGCCAUCUCGCUCAACCUGAACCGGUUUCCGCGCGGCGCCAAAUCGUCCAAGCUGUGCACGCUCGACAUGCUGCGCACGGACAACGUGCCGACGGUGAACAUCUUCAAGCAGAAGCGCGUCCGCGGCUGGUGGCCGUUCUUCAUCAAGAAGGAGAACGACGAGAUGGAGCUGACCGGCAAGGUGGAGGCGGAGAUCCAUCUGCUGACGAAGGAGGAGGCGGAAAAGAAUCCGGCCGGUUUCGGGCGCAACGAGCCGGACCCGCUCGAAAAGCCAAAUCGACCGGACGCAUCGUUCAUGUGGUUCCUGAACCCGCUCAAGUCGGUCCGGUACAUCGUCUGGCACAACUACAAGUGGAAGAUCAUCAAGGGGCUGAUCAUCAUCGGGAUCGCCAUCCUGCUGCUGCUGUUCUUCUACGCCGUGCCGGGCUACACGGUCAAGAAGAUGCUCGGUGCUUAAGCAGAGCGAAAGGAAGAGGCUCCAGUCACACACACACACACAAUCAACCGAAUCCGAACGCAACUCAAACCACCAAAAAUCGAACCGAACCGUUUUUACGAGAUACAAUCACGUGCUUUCAUCGAUCUAUACCGCUUUCCCAUCUUACCGAUUCUUACCACAAAGUUUACAGCACAAGGUCGGCGAAACGCUGAAGUUUAACACACACAAAUCAACGAUGUCCGCCCGUGCAAUGCUCUGGCCUGUCCUUGGGCCGGCUGUCGUUGCUGGUUAGGAAAUCGUCCAACGCGACACCAAAGUAGCGUAGCGUAGCGUACUUAGUUAAAACAAAAAUGAAACGACCGGCACAUCCGCUGGUACAUGGCACUAGCACAAGCAGAUUUAAACACAUAGACACACACAGACACACAAAAUCCCCAAAAGUAUUUAUACAUAUUCAUAUAUAUAUACACUGACCAUUACACUGACGAUGUUUUAUGCAACGAAAGGCCAUCAAACUCAUCAUCGGAUCAUCAUCAGCACCUUAAAAGAUCCAACUCCCUUCCCACGCGUUUGUAGGAACAACCAAUUUGUGUACAUACACACACACACACACAGACACACGCACUCAAACACUCCACAACUCCCAUGAAGCACUAGUAGAUCCUCCCGAACAAGUGUAUUGGUAUGUUCCGACCAGGACCUAAGGACCAACCGUUUUUUCUCACACUGCAAAUUGUUGCAAUUCGUUGCUGUUUAAACGUACAAUUAGAGCUUACAAACCAAAACCACGAAAACAAAGAAGAAGAAAAACGAAACGCUAAGGAACGGGACGUACCCGCGUACGCACACGGAUACACAUGGGCGCACACGCCAUAGCACCACAAACUAUCAGAACAAUCUAUACUAAUCGUUAUCAGAGGCUCUAUCCAGAACUGUUUCAUAUACAUAUAUAAAUAUACACACACACACAUAUAUAUAUAUACAUAUAUUUAGGUAUACAAAGCUAAACAAGCGUCGGGACGCUUGCCCCUUUUUCGCUCUUCAAAGAGACACAAACGUACACACAAACACAAACUUAGUGAGGUAGUGGUAGCGCAGCUAUUUUGCGAUCCCUUUUUUCCUCAAUUUGCUGGCGCGCGCUAGUACACACGUAAACACACUUGUAUAGUAGAUAGAGCAAAGAGAAAAGACAUCCAAUUUAUCCUAAUCAAAAUCUUAACCAAUCAAACCAAACGGAAAUGGGUAAACGGGGACGGGCCACCGGCCACACCGCGUUGGCCGGUAUGCACCUACUUGCUUGGAAACGUUUUGAAACAUUGUUUUGCAUACCUUUAGGCGGGCUCAUGCAGGGCGGAGUGUUAAACAUCGGCAAACUGUUGCGUCUCGGCUUGGCAGAAAGUUGCGUUUGUGUGUUUGGUGUUUUGUUUAGUGCAAAAAUGCUUGCACAAAUAAACAUUUUGCUUGGGUAGGGAUUUUUCGUUAAAUUUUUAUCAAAUGAAUGUUUUACCUAAACCGGUUAAAAAGGCAAACAAAGCCCAACAAUUGCAUACCGUCCGGCGCUCGAAUGCGGUUCGGCGCCAGAAUGUAGACGAGAUGUGCGCUCUGGAGUGCACCCACGACUCCGAUCUGACUCCGACUAUUGUUAGCCCGAUUCCGACCCUUUUCGGAGCCGUUUGAAGUCGGAGUAGUAUGGAGUUGCCUGGAGUCGUUCGGAGUCUUCCGUAGUCGACUGAAGUCGACCGGAGUCGGGGUCAUUCAAAGUCGUCCAGAGUCGAUCAGAGUCGACCGGAAUCGGAGUUGGGCGGAGUCGGACUACUCCGACUUCGUAAUACUCCGGACGACUCCGGGCGACUCCGAACUACUCCGGAUGACUCCGGGCGACUCCAUACUACUCCGACUUUGAACGGCUCCAAACGAAUCCUAACGACUCCGGACGACUCCGGACAACUCCGGACGACUCCGGACAACUUCUGACGACUCCAGAAGACUCCGGAUGACUCCAUACUACUACGACUUCCAACAACUCCAAACGACUCCUGCUGAUUCCAGACGACUACAGACGAAUCCGAGCGAUUCCGAACGACUCCGGAUAAUGCUUGGCGGACCUACUUUGCGGAAUCGGCUCCGAAAUUAUCGGAGUCGGAUCAGAGUCGACUCCGAAUUUUUGCCAACCUUACCCCCUCACUAAUAUGAACCAUUGCGCAGUGUGCGCUCGCGCAAACCGGACAUACCAAAACGCCCGAAAGGUAUGCAAACAUUGCAUCACGAAGCUGCGUCGAUAUGAAGCACGUUUCUGGGUCAAACCAUUGCCAAACCGGGCGUCGGUGGCGUCGGUGGCCUAACCUUACUACUGUUACACUCUUUAUCGUUAUCUAUAAAACAUACCACCCCCCCUUCCCACUCCCCGCAGCCUUCGUCAACGUUCGGCUCCUGUUGUCCCUUACUCCCCAUUAGCGUGUGAGGCGACAACCAUGCGACCAUGCGCCGAUGCACACGGGAAUGGGGCGAUUGGAUAGAGAUAUUUCUCAUCCUCACCCCUCCCCCCAAUCACCCACCACCGUACUUAUAAUAGAGUUAUAUCCAAGUGUUGAGAUGUGUUGAUUUCACUUACCUACAUUUAUCAAGACACAAAUAAAAAGCUUUAAAAUAAACGAACACAA